AUGGGCAACGAAAUGUCUUCUACUGCUAUGGAAAAACACCUAUUCAAUUUGAAAUUUGCUGUGAAGGAACUUGAACGGAACUCAAAACGUUGUGAAAAAGAAGAAAAACAAGAGAAAGCCAAAACCAAACAAGCCAUUCAAAAAGGAAAUAUGGAAGUAGCUAGAAUACAUGCUGAAAAUGCAAUAAGACAAAAGAACCAAUCUGUUAACUACCUCCGAAUGUCUGCCAGAGUAGAUGCAGUUGCUAGCAAAAUACAAUCAGCUGUUACUACAAGGAAGGUAACCAAUUCCAUGGCUGGAGUUGUGAAAGCAAUGGAUGCAGCUAUGAAGAGUAUGAAUUUGGAGAAGAUUUCAGGAAUUAUGGAUAAGUUUGAAUCACAAUUUGAAGACCUUGGUGUUCAGACUGAGGUGCUUGAGAACACCAUGGGACAGACCACUACCACUCUUGUUCCUCAGAAUGAUGUAGAUUCUCUUAUGCAACAGGUUGCUGAUGAAGCUGGAUUGGAGUUGAAUAUGGAACUUCCUGAGGGCCCCCAAGGUUCUGCAAUUGGCAAUACUUCCACAGUGUCCCAGGAACAAGAUGAACUUAGUCAACGACUUGCUAGAUUGAGGCAGGCAGAAUAA